UCCCUGAUUUCGGCGUGUGUGUGUAAACAUUUGUAAGAAAUAGGUAAAUAAGAAAACAUCAGUUUGAGGGUUUUAUGCUUGUAUUAGGCGCGCGACUGCUUUUGGAAUAUAUUUAAAUUAUUUUUCAGUCACGAGGCCGACAUGAAAAUCAAGUGCAAGUCGUCGUAUCACAAAUCUGAGAACACACACAGGUUUCUCACUUUUGCUGAAAGACUCGCUAAUGUCAACAUUGAUGUCAUCCGUCGGAUUGACAGAACCGGGUCUUAUGCAGAGGAAGUAGAAACAUACUUCUCAGAAGGCCUGACAAAAUGGAAAGACCUCAACUUGACAGAGCAUUUCACAACAUUUUUGAAAGAGGUCGUGGACAAGAGCCAGUCAUUCAACAUGCUGGUCUUCCACCAGAAGUCCAUCGUGGAGAGUCUGAAGACACAUCUGGCCGUGCAGAACAGUUUGGCUUUCCAACCCCUGCUGGACCUGGUGGUGCAGCUGGCCAGAGACCUGCAGACAGAUUUUUACCCUCACUUUCCUGACUUCUUCCUGCUGAUCACCUCCCUGCUGGACACGAAGGACACAGAGCUGCUGGAGUGGGCUUUCACUUGCCUGUCGUACCUCUACAAGUACCUGUGGCGGGUCAUGGUGAAGGACAUGUCCAACAUAUACAGUUUGUACAGCACGCUGUUGGCUCACUCGAAGGAACACAUCCGCAAGUUUGCAGCCGAGAGCUUUUCUUUUUUGAUGAGGAAGGUUCCAGAUCUCGACGCCCUGCUGGUUCUCAUGUUCUCGGACCUGGAGCACCACCUGGACAAGGUGGAGGGAGCGGGUCAGCUGUUGUUCGAGAUGUGUCGAGGAGUUCGGAAAAUGUUCCACUCCUGCGCCGCGACUGUCCUUCCGUUGGUAUUGCGUAAGCUCGGCCCCACAACGUGCCGUGAGGUCUGCUUGCCCUGGAACGCUGUCAGGGACGCUCUGGACCACAUGACCCAGGCUGCUGCCGAGCACGUCGACAAAGAGCACUUCCUGGUUUGGUGGGAAUCUCUUCAGGUCUGUGUGGAGGAAGUCCUGGCUGUGGUGGAGGUGAAGGGAGAAGACGCAGACAUGGCGAUGGAGCAGCUGGAGAGGCUGCUGUUUAUUCUCCACACGCUGGUGGCCCACAGGGGUGGAGCCAAAGUCACCAAGCCAGAGUUGGUCUGCCAGGUGGCUCUGCGGCUGAUUGACAGCUCGUCUUUAUCCGCCUCCUGCUCCCGUCUUCUCCUUCAGAUCUCCUCCUCUCUGCUGCUCGGGGAGAAAGUCGGCCUCCCUGAAGAGCUCGUUCAUAAAACCGUCCAAAAGGUGUUUAGCAGCGCACUGGAUCAUGAUCUGAUUCUGGAGUUCACCAAGGAGAUGUUCACCAUGAACCAGUUUGAACAGCUCUUCCUCCCCAGCCUGCUGCGCUUCGUCACCGGGCUGUUCGGACGCGGCGACGCCCCUUUUCGCCACAGCGCUCUCGACGUGCUCGUCUGUCUGAUUCUCGCCAAAGCUCCGCCCCCUACGGUUGGCUCCAUGGCCUUUGAAACCUACCCGCUCCUUUUCACCAGACAGACCACAGGUAACGAGGCGAGCGGUUCGGUACCGGAGCUGGUUCUGUCACUGAUCAGACCUCCAGAGGAGCCGCCCGUCACGGACCUGUCGCUGCCUUGGGCGGCGCUGGUGCUGCUGCCGCACCUCCGCCCUCUGCCUCCAGCUGACGUCGUUCCUGCCGUGGCGUCUUUCCUCGGCCGUCUUCUGCGUGAGGUUGAGGAAGACAAAAUGGGACGAGCUGCUUUGUUUGUAGCCAGACAGGCUCUGAGCUGCCUCCUCUCUCUGGACGGUUUUGUCCUGGUCUCUGUGGACAAGAUCAACUCAGUCCUGCGGAAGUUUCCCACCGACCUGUCGGCGCUGCUGCUCGCAGACCUGUACUACACCCGCCUGGCGCUCAGCGGCGCGUCGGACCACCUGUCCCACAAUGCAAUGCUGGAGCUCUUCAGCAUGCUGCACGCUAACUUCUCCUCAAACAUCCCAAAGAUCCGCCUGCUGACCCUGAGGAUCUUCUCUCAGUUUGAGGCUCAGCUUCCACCGCAACCUGAGGGUGAGGAAAGCGUGGAGGCUCAGUCGGUGUUUGCCAUCUGCCUGCUGGCGGAGCAGGUCCCUGCUUCGGUGCAGGACUACAAAGAGAAGCUGCUUCACCUGCGGAAGCUGAGGCAUGACCUGGUGCAGCGCAGCCUGCCGCAGGGCCCCCCCGGCACCUUCCAACAGGUUCCUCUGCGGUAUCUCAUGGCCAUGCUGAUGGUGAACUUCAGGCUGCUGUGGGAUCCUGUCAUCGAGCUUCUCGUGAGCCAUGCCAGAGGAAUGGACAACAGGGACUUCUGGAGGGUCUAUUAUGAACAUCUGGAGAUGGUGGCCACUCUGGCUGAAGCGGCUCUGGAUGAGGAAGAUGACGGUGAUGACGAGUCGACCCUGCGAGGAGAGCCGGGCUGUGAUGUCAUUGAAAGCGGCGACGCCGGUGUCCUGUUCCUGAACCAGCUGAAAAUUACCUUUGACCCCAGCGAGAGGACGGACUUCCCUAACUUCCGCAGCCUGCUGUGGCGGGCCAUGGCCCAGUUCCCCGACAGGGUGGAGCCUCGCAGCCGAGAACUGAGCCCGCUGCUGCUCCGGUUCAUCAAGAACGAGUUUUACUCUGCCGACAUGCUGGCGGCACCAACUCAAGACCUGAGGAAGCAAAGAGAUGCUGAGCAGGAGGAGACAGCUGUGGAGAUGGACGAGGAGGAGGAGGAGGCGGCGGCAGAGGAAGGGCCCAAGCAGCAGAAGAAGGCGCUGCCAAGGAAACUUGCUGCAAAGCAACUGAUCGCUCAUCUGACGGUGUUCGCCAAGUUCAGCGACCCUCGAUCUCUGUACCUGGAGAGCAGCCUGAGCGAGCUCUACAACCAGUUGUUGUGUCAUCAGGAUCAGCAGAUUCAACAAGUGGCUCUGGAGUGCGUUCUCACGUACAAAGACUCCAACGUCGUACCGUACAAGGAGAAUCUCGAGAGGCUCCUGGAUGACAAACAAUUCAAAGAGGAGAUCAUCCAUUUCAACAUUUCUGAGGAGACGGGCGUGGUCGAUUCGUCCCACAGAGGCCAACUGAUCCCUCUGCUCAUGAGGGUGAGUCGAUUUGUCAGCGACAAGGAGCAGAGUUCGACGCUCAUCAGUCUGCUGCUUCCUUAUCUCCUUAAAGGCCACAACCCUCAGGAGACGGAGAUCGACAUCCUGGCCACUGUUCAGAACCUGCUGCAGCGCUGCUUGCAGCCCGCCACCUUCCUGCGGCCGCUCAGUAAACUCUUCUCCGUCAUUCACAACAAGCUGCCCAGGAAGGCCCUCGUCAGCGUCUUCCAGACUCUGUCAGACCUGGAGCCUUCGCUCACAUACAUCUCCGACUUAACAACAAAGCUGAACGCGUUCGACAGCCGACACCUGGAUGAGAUCUACUUCGACGUGCGCCUGACUGCUUUCCAAGAGGCCACCAGGCGAGUCAAGCACAUGCAAACCCUGGACCUGGAUUAUAUCAGCACCCUCAUGUACAACUGUUUCCACACAUUUGAGAUCGGCGACAUGUCGCUGGCAGACAACGCCACCCUGUGUUUGUCAGCGGUGAUAGGUCAGGUGGCAGCAGUCGGGAUGGGAGAGCAGAUCUACAAGGAUGUGAUCCAGCACACCAUCCUGGACGCUGUUCACAAAGGAAUCUGCAGCAAGACAGAGAGCGUGCAGCAUGAAUACACCACGGUCCUCGCCUGUCUGGUGAAGAACUUCCCCAUCAGGAAGGAGUUCAGAGACCUGGUUCAGCUCACCGACUACAACGACCCCGAGUCUGAUUUCUUCGAGCACAUGAAGCACAUCCAGAUCCACCGUCGGGGCCGCGCCCUCAGGAAGUUGGCCAAGCAGCUGAACGAGGGCACGGUGGUCAUGACGCCGCGUUCCCUGCAGAAUUACAUCAUGCCGUACGCCCUGACAGCCCUGAUGGACGAAAAGAUGUUGAAGCAUGAGAACAUGAUGUCUGCGUCGGUGGAGGUGGUGGGUGCCGUGUGUCGCAGGUUGACCUGGUCCAGGUACAUGUACUACCUGAAACACUUCGUCCACGUCCUGCAGACGGCACAGGCCGAACAGAAACUCAUGGUCAGUGUGCUCGUUUCUGUGUUGGAAGCGUUCCAUUUCGACCAUCAGACCCUCAGCAGAGAAAUGGAAGCUGCCAAAGCAAGAGAAGCUGGAAACGUUACGAUUGACGUGGAUGACAAAAUGGAGGCUUCAGACGCCAGCGACGACGACGAACCGAUGGAGAUCGAGUGCAGGGACGCUUCUGCUGACGUUCCCGUGGAAAUGGACCCUGCUGGAGGCAAAACGCCGAGCGUGUCGGAGGAAGUGGCUACGACCAAAUCCAAGUUGGAGGCAGCUCCUAAAUUAGCCGUGGGGUGCAGCGGCUUGCCGCAGAGCAGAGAGGAGCUGGAGUCCCUGAUCAGUAGGAUCCACCAGACUGUUAAUGAGAGCGUGCUGCCCCGCCUCCACAAGUGUCUCACCGCCAAGGUGACACGGGACGAGGAGCACAAGUCUGUGAAGUCGAAGGAUGUGAAGGACGAGGAGGUGGUCCGGAUACCGAUCGCCUUCGCCAUGAUCAAACUGAUGCAGACGCUGCCUCCGGACAUCAUGGAGGCCCACCUCCCCGGGAUCCUGAUCAAAAUUUGCGUUCUGCUGAGGAACCGUUUCCAGGAGAUCCGCGACGUAGCGAGAGGAACGCUGGUGAAGAUCAUCGAGACUUUGGGCUGCAGGUACCUUCAGUAUCUGCUCAAGGAGAUGACGGGGAUUCUGGUCAAAGGCUACCAGGUCCACGUGCUGACGUUCACUGUGUACCAGCUGCUGUCAGCGCUCAGUCCCACCCUCCAGAGUGGAGACUUGGACCCCUGCAUGAACAUGCUCAUAGGUAUCUUCCACAACGAGCUUUUUGGAGCGGUGGCCGAGGAAAAAGAAGUUAAGGGCAUCAUUUCCAAACUGAUGGAGGCGCGGCACAGCAAGAGCAUGGAGUUGUACGAGCUGCUGGCCCGCUUCUGCAGCAAAGAGAGCAUCACCAAGCUCAUCCUGCCGCUGAAGGAGAUUCUAGAGGACUCUUCCAAUGUGAAGGUGUGUAACCGGGUGACUGCGGUGCUGCGUCGGCUGGUCCUGGGUCUGCUCGUCAACAGCGGCAUGACGUCCCACGACAUCCUGCUGCUGAGCCACGGCUUGGUGAGCGAGAGCCUGCCGCUGCUCACCAAGAGCAACCGAGACAAGUCUUCAGCCAAGCCUCCUCCUGAUCCCAGGCUGCCUCCUCCCAGCUGCCUGCUCCUGCCUCCCACUCCAAAGAGAGGAGGGCGGAAAGCUCCCGUCAGCAGCCGCACCAACAUGCACAUCCUGGUGGACGCUGGCCUCAAGCUGCUCCACCUCAGUCUGAAGAAAUCUAAAGUGAAUUCUUCAGAACCAUCUGCUCUGGAGAUGCUGGAUCCUUUUGUUCUGCUGCUGCUCCAAUGCCUCGACUCCAUGCACGUCAAGGUGAUCACGGAGGCGCUGGUGGUGAUCACCUGGCUGUUGAAGUUCCCUCUGCCCUCGGUGGAGCAGAACGCCGGCCAGCUGACCAAGCAGCUCUUUGUCCUGCUGAAGGAUUACUCGAAGGCUGGAGCUGGCCGCGGCGAGAACUACCACCUGGUCCAGAACUGCUUCAAGGCCAUGACUGUUCUGGUGAAGAAAAUCAGAAGCAACCAGAUCUCUGAGACCCAGCUGCAAGUGCUGCUGGGAUACGCAGAGGAGGACAUUUACGACCAGUCGCGCCAGGCCACCGCCUUCGGCUUGCUUAAGGCGAUCCUGUCCAGGAAGCUCGUCGUCCCAGAGAUGGAGGAGGUGAUGAACAAAGUGGCCAAGUUGACCGUUACCGGGGGCAACACCAUGAUCAGAGUUCACUGUCAACAGAUCUACCUGAAGUACCUGCUGGACUACCCGCUGGGGAAGAAGCUGAAGAAGCACGUCGACUUUGUGGUGGCGCAGCUGCAGUACGAGCUCGACACCGGCAGGGAGUCUGCGCUGGAGAUGCUGGCGUCCAUCUUCCAGACGUUCCCUCAGCAACUGCUGUUUACGUACAGCAGUCUGUUCUUUGCCCCGCUGGCCUUCGUCGUGGUUAGCGACGACUCGGCGCGCUGCAAAAAAAUGGCUGCCAUGGCCAUCAAGACGCUGCUCGCCAAGCUGGACUUGAACCACCAGAACAUCUUGUUCUCUUUCGUAACCGCGUGGCUGAACGCAGAGAAGGCCAGCCUGCGGCGCCUUGGAGCUCAGAUCUGCGGCCUGUUCGUGGAGGUGGAGGAGGAAAAGUUUGCCCGUCGAAUAGACGCCCUGCUGCCGCUGUUGGAGAAAGAGAUCCACCCCGACAAUUACGAAGACAUCGAAGAGGAGCAGGAUGAGAAAGAAGCUGACAGGCUGCUCUUCGGUUAUCUCACCCUCAUCUCCAAACUCAGCCAGCACUGCCACCUGCUGGAGCUGUGCAAGCCCCGCGACACGCUCCUUAAAAUCUGGGGUCACAUCGAAGUCCACCUGCGGCACCCUCACUGCUGGGUGUGGCUCAGCGCCUCGCAGCUGUUCGGCCAGCUGUUUGCAGCUCACCAGGCCGAACAGCUGGCCACCGUUUGGCGAGGAGAGGGAGGAGGUGCUUCGUCCCGACCGGCAGCCACAGAUUUUAUCACCAGCCGCCUGGAUAAGAAGAUGAGGGAGCUGGCCUUGAGCUUCUGCCACCAGCUGCAGUCCAAGUUCCUGGACACAACGUCAGGAGAGCAGGUCAUCAAGAACCUUCUUUUUGUCGGGAAGGUGAUUUACCUCCUAUCCCCGGAGUCUGAAACCGCUUCUCAGGAAGAAGUGAAGGAUGAGGAAGAGCACAGCGAGGACGAACGUGACGAAGAGAAAGAAAAGGAGGAAGAGGAGAAGGACAAAGACAAGCCUCCUUCAUUUCUGUGGCUGAUGAAGAAGCUGUCUCUGAUGGCGAAGAGAGAAGCGGCGUACACUCCCAAAGUUCCCCUCAAGCGAACGUGUGUGUUCAAGUUCUUGGGGGCGACGGCAGUGGAUCUGGGGAGGGACCGGCUCGGCCCGUACCUCACCACCAUGGUCACUCCGCUGUACAGAGAGCUGGACAGCACAUACGCAGACCAAGAUCCGACCCUGAAGAACCUGGCCCAGGAGCUCAUCGAGCUGCUGAAGAGGCAGGUGGGUCUGGAGAGGUUCUCUCUGGCCUUCUCUGCAGUCCAGAAGGAGUUCUCUCAAAGACGAGCAGCACGCAAACGACACCGAGCCAUGCAGGCGGUGGCUAACCCAGACGUCGCCGCCAAGAAGAAAAUGAAGAAGCACAAGAAUAAAAUCGAAGCCAAAAAGAGAAAGAUCGAGUUCCUCCGACCUGGAUAUAAAGCCAAGAAGCACCGGAGCCAUGCUCUGAAGGACCUGGCCAUGGUGCAGUGAGUCCUGCAGCUUCUUCUUCCAGCAUCAUUUAUCGACCGAAAGGAACAAGAUGCGACUCUUCACCCCGAUAACUUAAGAGACUAAUCUUUUUCUGCUGCGAACUGACUGCAGAAGUGUAAAUUUAAAAAACAUGAUUCUCUAAAAACUGGGCUACAAAGACUUCUUCUGCCUUUUUACCGGUCACAGUAAAAAAAAAAAAAGGCGCAAUUUCAUUUUUCUAGCAAGUUUAGUAAAAUAAAAAAAUCCACCGUUAACAUUC